GUGAGUUUAUUGAGGAGAGUUUCAUUCGACGCUAACAAUAGCUAACAAGUUUACGAAGUUUUCAACGUUGAUGGGGGUCCCGAGAAAGACCAGAAGAAGCCGGAGAUGAAUGAAGCUAUCAUCGAUGUGAUUAUGUCCUCGUUUGUUUAGAUGACGAGGCUGACAGACAGAAUGGAGCAAAGAAGAAAUGAAUCUCUCCUUGGUCGCCCUGGUGCCUCAUCUUGGCAAGAGAGAAAUUGUAGACAGCUUGCUGAGAGUGAGAGGUCUUCUUGGUUGUUCCGUGGGCGAUAUCCACAACCUCAAGUACACAUGGGUAGUUGGCCAAAUCAAGAAGAUGUACCGUUCAAACGUCCAAGGCUGACGCUCUCUGAACAGUUAGAUUUGUUAAAAAAGGAGGAAAGAGUGGCCUCUCGAAAUUCGGGGCAAAAGUUGCAGCCUCAUAGUUCCGUGUUUGCUUUCCCACGCGGUCAUCACCGGUUAAAUCAGACUUUUAGUAGAAUGACAGCAGCUUGUGGUGAGAAUACACGACGUUUGCCCUCAGAACGAGGAAAACGAUGUUUGAAAAUGUGUCGAGAUAAAGAUAAUGAGAGGAUUACCAAACGGAAGAAUUUAACAAAGAAACAGUUAGAUGUACGUUCUCAAUCGUUGACUGCUGAAAACUGUCCGGUAAAAGAGGAAGUGGUUUCGGAUAAUUUUGACACACUUUCUCAAUUGACCACUGCAGAGAUCUGUCCAGAGAUGAGGGAGAGAGCCCUGGAUAAUACCAACACACAUUCUCAAUCCACCACUGCAGAGAUCUGUCCAGUGAUGGGGGAUAUGGCCCUGGAUAAUACCGACACACUUUCUCAAUCGACCACUGCAGAGAUCUGUCCAGUGAUGGGGGAUAUGGCCCUGGAUAAUACCGACACACUUUCUCAAUCGACCACUGCAGAGAUCUGUCCAGUGAUGGGGGAGAUGGCCCUGGAUAAUACAGACACACUUUCUCAAUCGACCACUGCAGAGAUCUGUCCAGUGAUGGGGGAGAUGGCCCUGGAUAAUACAGACACACUUUCUCAAUCGACCACUGCAGAGAUCUGUCCAGUGAUGGGGGAGAUGGCCCUGGAUAAUAUCGACACACUUUCUCAAUCCACCACUGCAGAGAUCUGUCCAGUGAUGGGGGAGAUGGCCCUGGAUAAUAUCGACACACUUUCUCAAUCCACCACUGCAGAGAUCUGUCCAGUGAUGGGGGAGAUGGCCCUGGAUAAUACAGACGCACUUUCUCAAUCGACCACUGCAGAGAUCUGUCCAGUGAUGGGGGAGAUGGCCCUGGAUAAUAUCGACACACUUUCUCAAUCGACCACUGCAGAGAUCUGUCCAGUGAUGGGGGAGAUGGCCCUGGAUAAUAUCGACACACUUUCUCAAUCGACCACUGCAGAGAUCUGUCCAGUGAUGGGGGAGAUGGCCCUGGAUAAUACCGACACACUUUCUCAGUCCACAACUGCUGAGAUCCGUCCGAGGAUGGAAGAAUUGGGCUUGAACAGAAAAGCUGAUAUGAGCCUGUACACUCAAGAUCGCCACACUUGUGAUGAGCUGAAAUCAGAAUUGCAAGGUUCUUUUAGCACUUGUUCUCAAUCAACAACUGCAGAAGUUCGCCCUGUAUUAGACAAUUUAAACUUGACUUUGGAGGACAGUUUUGACUCCGAUGCACAGGAUUUUGAUACAUGUUCAGUGUCCACCAUCACCGGGAUAUGCUCUGAUGAUCAGAAUUUACCUAUCAAUUCACCCCCUUGCAAACUAAAAGCAGAAUUGCUGACGAGUGCUCAAGAAGUUUUCUCUCAAAUCAUGGACAAGAAAGAACAACACCUACGAUCAUUGUCUUUAAACCCAUUGGUAGGCCCUGUUCAGAAUUCAUGUGUCAAGACUUUCGGUGAUGAGCAGUCCACCAUCCAAGUCCCUGAUGACAUGACAGUCACAACCGUGAAGGGGCAAGACGCGGAAAACGACCUUGUAAAAUACUUCGGUGAAUGCCCCGAGGAACUUGACAACUGUCUCAUUCAUUGCUUCUCCUGUGACGAGCACUUUUCCAGUAAUGUAGAAAAACGUAACCAUGAGGGUAGCAGACGUCAUAUUGUCAAUAUUGCUGCAUUUUCAAAACAUAAACCUCAGGACCUUAAUCGUGGCGCCGUUGGAAAAUGGAUCUCGGUUUCUUUGGAUGAUCAUCUGUCGGUUCUUGGUACAUGUAAGGAGGGUCAGCUCAAACUGAAGCGGUCAGAAAUGCCAAAUGACCUGUUGAUCGAGAAAUUGAAAUCAUGGUGUCCGCAUUUGAAGGAUGUUGGAGUGCGUGUUACUUCCAAGCUGAUCAGGUACAAGUCAACUGCAGGGGUGAAUAGUGUUGCAAGGAGGGGAACUAUGUUUCAGUAUCGACAUGCUGGGCAAUUGGCCUGGACUCCUAUACCUCACCUUCUCUUAUCAAAAGUAAAGAAAGCCAUCAAGGACAAACGAAGGAGACCGGCUAGAAGAAUAAAAGAAAAGGAAAGACGGAAGCAAAUCAGGCAGUCUUCCCGAGCUUCAGAGAAAAUGGCCAGCGGUGAAUUAGGAUGUGGUAAAGAAAAGCUCAAACAGAAUCACUGUGAUGGCACUACCAGGGAGCUGAAUCAAACUAUAUCUGGCAAGUCUGCAAGUCUACCAUCUGGGGAAAGACACCUUCCGAGAACCAUGACACAACCCCAAGACUACCAAUUGGAGAUGUACAAGGCUGCCAUUCAUGAUGAUAGUGUCUGUGUAAUGCCUGAAGGCACCAAGGAAUGUCUAGUAUCUGCCAUGGUGAUCGACCACAUGUUGCAUCUGAACCCAAGUCAACCAGUCCUUGUCCUUGUUGAGAAGCUAUCAGAAAUGUUGCGAAUCUCCUCCAGUCUGAUGACUCAGAUUGGUCAAAAUGUGCUCAUCAGGACUGAUCGCGGAAGUGGUUUCAAAAUGCAGCGGAAGACUCGGAUUGGCUGCUUCUGUGAGGAAUUGGUUGAGUCACAAGAUCAUUCACUGGCCUAUUUGGAUAUCAUUGUUGUAACAUCGGAUUAUUUCCCCCAGAUGCUAGAUAAGCGUUUGUUAAAAUGGAGCGACUUCAGCCUUUUCGUGCUCCCUGACGCACGCUGUGCAUUUUCCUGCAAUGGAUUCCCAGCACUUCCUGGUCGGCCGAAGAUCCUUGGGUUUUUGACUCCAACAAUGCACGACAACAAGGUCAAUGACAUGGAGAAAAUCUUGAAUGGUGUUCUCAAAAAGAUUGGUGGCGCCGAAAUCUAUGUUCGACAUCUAAAGAAGAUGACUGAUUCAAAAGAUGGAUCCUGUCUGCUCUUGAGGCAUUCGAAGUUAAACGAGGCCGAGUCGGAUUUCAUGUCAGAGAUAUCAUUGUACAUCACAGAGUUAUAUAAGACGUUGAUGAAAUCUCGCAACCAGUUACUGCACCGUUUGAUACUUGAGUUAGGCGGUUCAGAAAAGUGGGAAUGCAGCGAUGGCAUAGCUACUGAAGAGUUUGACAGUGGAACCAUUGAACGAAUCCAAGAUGGCCUUCAUGUUGCGAUCUCUUGUCGAGACCUCUUGAAGUUGGAUGAAAUGACGAUUUCAUUUCUUCAGCAUUUCCACCACAUUUGUACUUCGUUCUUGGGACUUUUGUACGGCAGCACUGGGGUUGCUGCGCACUUGUUGAAUGAGCUAAACAAGGAAUUGUGUUCCUUCAGGUUCACCAGAAUUGGGAGUGUAGUGCCCCGCUCAGAACUGUUAGCACAAAUCAAGAACUUCAAUACGCUUCAGCUAUUCAAAUCACGAAAAUGUAUCGAUGAGCUGCUACCAAAUAUGAGUGCCAUCCAUCUUGUUGUCAAGGAACUUGUUGAAGUAGACUGGUCUGUUCGUCUCUGCGGGAAGCAUCCGAUCGUUGCCGUUGUUGUUCAGUCGCCAAUCAUGGGACGAAUCUGGAAUCAUUUGUUAGAGAGAUCCGACUUCUUAAGAAUGCUGAACUUGAAGCCUGCAUGCGUUUCAGGACAGGAUCGUCAAGGCCUUAUGCAGAGACUACACCAGCACUCUGUGCAGAUUUUGGUGAUGACCCCUGAAGAUGUUGACCUGGCGAUACCAGAGUUGGAGCUUGUGAUACAGCUAACACCUCCUUCACGUAUGGUGCAUCUUGGCUGCCGUCACAUGAUGCUCUGCCGGACUAUUCAGGAGAUUAAGGCCAUAAGGACUUUGAAGAAAAGCGAGAAAAAUCUUGUGAAGGCUGCCGAAAAACUAAAAGGACUGUGAACAUGCUUGUACAUGUUGUAGGCUUCUCAGGGUGUUGUAGGCUUCUCAGGGUUCUUAGAGGUUGAGCUUGGCAGGCAAAUCUGUAUUGCAACCUCUGCCAGAAUAAUAUGUAAAGUCACAGCCUAAUAGUGUAUCCCCCUUCGGGCUUUACGCCAGAAUAUCAAAUGUUAGGGGCUGUUACAAAAACCUCAAGGCGUCCCCAUUUAAACAGGUCUUGUAAUCACCUGAUAAUGCAGCAUGAUUGAUUAGCAUUUCCAUCAUAAUAUAUCUUGUAUUACUGUAAACUCCUUUAUUUUUGCAACUUUUGUGACAGAGGUUACAGUUGUCAAAUUAAGCAGCAUGAAAUACUCUAUGCAGAAAAAGGAAACUGUCUCUGAUUAAUGUUUGUGUUAAUUGUUGUAAUGUUUUGGACAAUAAUAGAAGUUAUUUGAAAGAA